GCCCAACAAACGCAAGGCAGUCCACACCACCCGAAUCCCCUCCACUCCCCCGCGGUCACCGGCGGCGCCGGCGGCGAGCUCUCGCCGACGCCGAUGACCACCGCGCGGUUCGUCUCCCCCUCCCUCUCGCGCGUGUCCCCCUCGCCGGCCGGCCGAGUCUCCGGGUCGUCGUGGUUGUCCAGGGCUGGGGUCGCCCUCCCCGCUCGGCCGCACGGUCUCUCGCUCCACCUGAGGCCGCCUGCUAUGGCCUCCGCCGCCGCCGCCGGGAACGGCUCUCCUUCCGCGCCGGAGGACUCCACAGCGUUGUCCAGGAUAGGAGAAGUCAAGAGGGUGACCAAGGAGACGAAUGUGCAUGUGAAGAUCAACCUGGAUGGCACUGGUGUUGCCGAUUGCAGCACAGGGAUACCUUUCUUGGAUCACAUGCUCGAUCAACUGGCAUCUCAUGGGCUCUUUGACGUAUGUGUUAAGGCAAAGGGUGACACUCACAUCGAUGACCAUCACUCAAACGAAGACAUCGCUUUGGCAAUUGGAACGGCACUACUUGAAGCACUUGGAGAUCGAAAAGGAAUUAAUCGGUUUGGGCAUUUUACAGCACCACUUGAUGAGGCAGCGGUUGAGGUUAUACUGGAUCUAUCUGGUCGUCCUCAUUUGAGUUGCGGCUUAAGUAUUCCGACUGAGAGAGUUGGCACAUACGAUACUCAGCUAGUUGAGCACUUUUUCCAAUCUCUUGUGAAUACAUCUGGGAUGACACUUCACAUCCGUCAGCUUGCUGGAAAAAACUCACACCAUAUUAUUGAGGCAACUUUCAAAGCAUUUGCUAGAGCCCUUCGACAAGCAACAGAAUAUGACUUGCGCCGACGCGGCACUGUCCCCAGCUCAAAAGGUGUGUUGUCAAGGUCAUAGUGUUGCAGGUUUGGAAAACAAGGGGUGCAUGCUACUGUUCCUUGUAGAUUGCAAUAUUCAAAGGAAACAAAUGGAAUGGCCUCUACAGCUCCUCGAGUCCUACUUACCCUGGGAAUCUCCGUUGGUUGCGAUAACAGAACAUGAAGCCAUUGCUAACUAGAUCACCAAAAAAGGAACAAAUUUAGCACUGUUCUCAUGAUCUAUUCUUCUGUAACAUUUAGCAUUCGAAAUAAACAUGUCCGGCCGUUAUUGCAAUUUUGGAUGCUAGAUGUCUUGAGUUGUCAUCUGUGUUGUCCAUCAAACGGCGUGUCUAGCAGCUCAGUUUCACUCUGUAUGAGUUCAGAGUUGGUCAUGUUGCUGAACCUCUGUAUUUUCAAGGGAAUAAAUAAGUUUUGCACCUACGUUUC